AUGGCCGAAGCAGACGACGACAAGAAGUGGUACAGCAAGCCCAACAAGCGAGAGUCGCUGUGGGGCCUGGGAGGCAUGGCGAUCGCCUCCUCCGUCGCCGGCAUCAUCUACCUCGUCAAGAGGGAGAAGGACGAGAAGGUGGACAAGAAGUGA